UCUGCAGUGGUACCGUCUGCUGAAUGCAACAUGCCAUUUCAUUUUUUGCCAUAAAGCAAAUCAUCUUGGCCAUGCCAGUAACCCCCCAGGCAGGGGCGGACUGACAACUCAUGGGGCCCCCGGGCAAUAGGGGAUCAUGGGGCCCAUGUGUACUUGCCCAAACUCAAAAAACCCUAUGUAAAAGGUACCAGGGGCAUCUCAUGGGGCCCCCUACUGACCCCGGGCCCUCAGGCAAUGCCCGAGUUUCCAAAUGGUCAGUCUGCCCCUGC